AUGGGCCCUGUACAGGGUACUGUGAUUGUGAUGUAUACUUUGUCUGGGGCUAUUCUCGUUUUAUGCGGAUCGUUGUCCUUACUUAGAGGGGUUAGUUGUGCCCCAACAGUAGAUUCCACUCAGACUUCGUCUGCCGCAGCAGCAGCCGUAUCCGUAACUUUGGACGGACUUACAUACAUCAAUAAGGGGCUUGUUGGAUUUGGUCUUAUUCCUUCGGAUUUCUUAGAAUCAACUGGCGAUACCAUUGGUGGAAUCGGAAGUGCUAUCGCUAUCAAACGUGGUACAUGGACGGCUCACACAGAUGGGACCUUCUCUGGAACCUUGGUCGUCCAUCCUGAUCGCGGUUUUAAUGUUGAUGGCACAGUUGACUAUCAAGCGCGUCGCCAUGAACUUCGGUUCACGUUGUCUCCAUAUACGAGCUCUACUCAACUAACGUUCUCCGCUGCGCAACAGACGUUUAAUAUUUCGUAUGUUAACACUACUCUUGAGGUUGAAAGGGGAAAUACGAAGACAAGUGGUCUGGAUCCCAGCGCAAUCAGACCAGCUCAGAGUGGAUUUCCAACGGUACCGACUGCCGAUCCUCAGAUGCCAAUUGCCUCGAACAGCGAGCCGCAUCUCGUGUUGGAUAUCGAGGGUAUUGUAUUAAACACUGAUGGAUCAUACUGGCUAAGUGAUGAGUAUGGUCCAUACAUCUAUCGGUUCAAUGCGGCAGGGCAACUCUUGCAGACGAUCCAGCCUCCCGCAGCAAUCCUACCCAUUAUCGACGGAGAGCUGAAUUUCACUUCCGAGGACGAUCCAGAUACCGGGAGGGCAGCUAAUCAAGGCUUCGAAGGCCUUACCAUCGAUCCUACCACAAACACUCUAUAUGCCAUGCUCCAGUCUGCCACUAUCCAAGAUGGUGGUAGCGACAAGAGCACAUCACGCUUUACGCGCCUAUUUGCUUACAACGUAUCGAAUCCGUUGGUUGAAGUACCCUUAAUUGGAGAAUGGGUGGUGCCAUUGCCACAAAGCAGCAGCGGAAAAACGGAAGCUUGUAGUGAAAUACACUUCUUAGGUGCUGGUGUGUUUUUGGCACUGUCUAGAGAUGGAGAUGGACGGGGAGGAAACGAUAACAAAUCCAGUUACAAGCAGGCAGACUUGUUCUCUAUUGCUAAAGCCACAGAUAUCCAUGGUACCUCAUUCGACACUGCUUCGACACCUAUUUCACCUAACGGAAAACUGGCCAAAAGUAUCACUGCCGCUAAUUACGUAUCCUUUGUCAACUUUUUGGACAGUACUCAAUUGGCCAGAUUUGGUUUGCACAAUGGUUCCCCAGACGACGAGACCUUGAUCGAUGCAAAAUGGGAAUCGUUAGCUCUGGCACCCGCUAAUGACCCAUCCUUCCCCAACGACUACUUUUUGAUCACUGCUUCUGAUAAUGAUUUCCUCAGCACACAUGGAGUUUCCCUUGGCGUCCCUUUUGACGCUGGAAUAGAUGUGGAUAACCAGUUUUUGGUCUUCCGGGUUACUCUGCCUAGCAUUGUCCCUGGGAGCGUUCAACUCAACCUAGGGAUCUGA